AUGAGAAUAACUGUAAGACCGACUAUUUUGCUAUUACUAAUUAUUUCAGCUGCCCUGGUUAAGCCGAACCCAGCACUUAACCCAGAUGAUAUCCUGCCGAAUCAUACGCACAAACCCCCCAUCGAGAAUGUAGACUCUUUCCUGCAGGUAUUUGAAAAGCUAAUGCAUAAUUUCCCUUCUUUCAAGUCAAAAGUAUUUCUGCGCCUGCACAAAUUCAUAGACCCAGACAGUCCAGAUGCCACCAGUAACCCUGCCACAUAUUUUAGACUCAAUGCAAAUAACAUACCAGAGCCAGAUGAAGUAGUGAAAAAGUUCCAGUCAAUACAGGAUGCAACCAACAUGAUAAAGCAGGAUACGCGCACACUAAUAGCACAGAUACAAAGGUCUGUAGACCAAAUGUUCUUAAAUGAAAAGGAGAUACUGCGGGCAAUAGACGGCCUAAUGUCAGAUGCAAAUGAGAUAAUAGACCAGUACCAAGCAGAGAGUGAUCCAUUAAUACAGGCCAGUCUAGUGGUUAAGUUCAAGGCAAAGGAAAAGCAGCUAAUAAAAUCAAUCAAGGCAAUUGGCCGUAUAAGAAAUUGGGAAAGAAAAAUAAACAAAAGACUCGCAGCAUCCCGUCUCUCCAGAAAAAUACUUCGCAUUAAGUAA